CCGAUUGACAUGUCACAAACUUUUUUGGAGAAAUAUACAGUAGCUCCUGCCCCUAGUCGAGAUUAUUACGGACUUAAAAUCCAGGACGACGAGAUUAAAUUAUUUCACUGGCCGAUUCGUCAGAGACCCCACAAAGUGCCAAUCACGAGAGCCGCGAGUUUCCGAAACUGGAGGAAAGAUUCUCCUUUACAGAGCGAAAUUGAGCAAAUAUUUGGUAAUUCCUGGUUGGAAUAUGCGAACAGCAUCAUCGAGAAGAAGCAGUCCUUGCUGACACUUCCUAGAAAAAUUUUUACAAAUAUUUUAUCAUUUCUACCUGCAGAGGAUAUUCCUCAGUUGUUUCGACUGUCUCGAGCAUUCUGUGAGAUUUUGAAUAACGAAGAAACCUGGGAAGUGAUAUUUAAAAAGGUGAAAGGAGAAGAUUUCCAUCGCGCACAGAAGAGGUACGGCAUGUCUUACGGUUGGAAGCAGCUACUCAAAGAAACUCAAGACAUCAAGAUGGAGUCCCACGUUCCUAAAACUCUGAAAAUGAAAGAUCCCCUUUUCUUCUGGCGAGAGUCUCCACCACCCGAUGAUGUCCGACCCCAGCACAUGAAGCUAGAAGUGAAGAUUAAAAAAAAUCCCUCCAGGAAAUCCGCCCCAAGUGCCUUAAGCCUGAAAACCCUGGAAUUGAAUAUUGAAGAGGCUUUUGAAGAUAAAGCAAAAUUAUUUCAUAAAGAUUAUAAAGUAAAAUCUCGUGGGGUUCCCUCUGACGUCCAGUUGGAGGACAAUCAGAAGUCUGUGAACGUCCUGACCCUGCAGUCAUCGGAAUUCAAUUUGAAACCGAAGAAGGAAAACCCUGAGAAGCCGAAGACCUUCAAGGCCAGUCCUGCUCCAAGAUCGACGUACCAUUCAGGUGGAGAUAAACUUCUGCAGUCGAGAGUCUCAAGUCGCAGGAAGACGCCAUCGUCGAGUGGAUUAUCAUUAUCAUCAUCAUUGAGAACGAAAGAACGUCUCCUGGAGAAUUCAGUCAAGAAGAGCUUGAGCGGUUUCAAUCAGUCUACGAGCCCUCUCUCUGAAUUCGAUUGGCUGACCGGAUCAAUGUCUCGUUCUCGUGAUGACAUCAAGUCCUCGGACACCAACGACAUCACAAAUAAUGAAAAACCGAGGGAUCAGCGUGAGAUCAUCAAUCAGAAUAGAAGAUCUUCGACAAUGAAUGAGUUGGCAGCAAAGGAUCCGCCGGUUUUCAAGGAUUUAGCAGCGAAGAAUGAUUUGAAUGAAAAUUUUGGAAAGAAUCGUGGGAAAAUAAUGUCAAAGACUUCUGUCAGUUGCCAAUCCGUGCGACCGUCAAGUCUCAAGACCAAAACUGGAUUUGAUAUUCUGAAUUCUGAGUUUUUGAAGCAGAGGCUGGAGCUGCAGGCAAGACUGAGUGGCUCUAACUAUUCCCGUCUUGUUUCUGGAUUAAAUAAUUAUAAGACGUAAACUUUUCCCCUCGCGAUAAAUCAUCAUUGUC